AUGUCGUUAACAAAUUGCCGAUUCUACGAGGAGAAGUAUCCCGAGGUGGACAGCUAUGUCAUGGUCAAUGUCAAGCAGAUUGCCGAGAUGGGCGCCUACGUGAAGCUUCUCGAGUACGACAACAUUGACGGCAUGAUUCUUCUCUCUGAACUCUCCCGAAGACGUAUUCGCAGUAUCCAAAAGUUGAUUCGUAUCGGUCGCAACGAAGUCGUUAUUGUCCUUCGUGUCGACAAGGAGAAGGGUAAGACAGACGCGAACGUCGUGUCUCCCCCCGAGGAUGUCAUCAAGUGCGAGGAACGAUACAACAAGAGCAAAGCAGUGCACUCCAUCAUGCGCCAUGUGGCUGAGGCCACCCAAACUCCACUGGAGGAGCUUUACCAGCAGAUUGCCUGGCCACUGAACCGGAAAUACGGCCACUCCCACGAUGCUUUCAAGAUCGCCAUCACUAACCCCGAUGUUUGGAAUGAGGUCGAAUUCCCCACCGAAGUCGUGAAGAAGGAGCUGCUGCAGUACAUCAGCAAGAAGCUGACUCCCGCUCCUACUAAAGUUCGUGCCGAUAUCGAGGUUAGCUGCUUUGGCUACGAGGGUAUCGACGCCGUUAAGGAUGCCCUUCGCACCGCUGAAGCCCACAACUCCCCUGAGAACCAGAUCAAGGUUAAGCUUGUGGCCCCUCCUCUUUACGUCCUGACCAGCCAAUGUCUCGACAAGACCCUUGGAAUUCAACAACUCGAAGCUGCGAUUGAGAACAUUGGAACAAAGAUCCGUGCGUCCGGUGGUAACCUCAUCGUUAAGAUGGCUCCUAAGGCUGUUACCGAGCACGACGAUGCUAUUCUCCAGGAACUUAUGGAGAAGCGCGAGCGCGAGAACCAGGAGGUCAGUGGAGACGAGAGCGAGUCAGAGAGUGACGAGGGUGUGCCCGCGUAA